AUGUCUAUCAUACCUGCCGCCGAGAUACCAACUGUAUCACUUCUUUAUCACUUGAAGAAGUUGACCCCCUACAUAGCAGAUACCACAGACGAACUUGCCCCAGCUCCAAACCAAUCCUUCAAUGACCGCAUCGGCUUGAUUCGUGGUGACAUCACCCAUCUCGAAGUUGAUGCGAUUGUCAAUGCUGCAAACAAUUCUUUACUUGGUGGAGGAGGUGUUGAUGGAGCUAUCCAUUGUGCUGCUGGACCAGAUUUAUUGGAAGAAUGUCGAACUUUGAAUGGUUGCAGGACUGGAUCAGCCAAGAUCACUGAUGCAUAUGAGCUUCCGUGCAAUAAGGUCAUUCAUGCUGUCGGUCCAGUCUACGACAGAUAUAGGCCUGAAGUUUCCGAGGAAAAUCUUGAAGGAUGCUACAAAACAAGUUUGGAUCUCGCGGUCGAAAAUAAUUGCAAGACUAUUGCUUUCAGUGCUUUGAGCACCGGAGUGUAUGGUUAUCCGAGUGAUGAAGCUGCUCCUACCGCACUUAUGGCUGUCAGGAAAUUUCUUGAAAGUGAGAAGGGUUCGAAGAUGGAAAAGAUCAUUUUCUGCACGUUCGUCUCUAGGGACGUUGCUGCUUACAAUGAAUGGCUUCCACGUAUUUUCCCCACAACCGAACCUAAUGCCGAGGAGGAAUGGGAGGAGAUUAUUGAGUCUGGAUCUGCUGAGAAUGGAGCUAUGUUGGAGCAGGGUACCGUUGAUAUCAAGGACGAGACAGAGACUAGUCAGGUUGAGCUUCCUGAUGUUCCAACCAAGGAGCCGGUUGAGGAUGAGGGACAUACUGCAAAGAAACAGAAGUUCGAGGAUGAUGAGAAGUUGUGA